UUUGUAGAUACUUAAACAUUUAUUAUGUAUAUGCAUUUCUUUCUUUGUUUAGUUCACUUUAAAAACGUCAAAGAAUGUAUGAGUGCUAUACUUAUUUGACCACCAUAUAUUUUGUUUGGCUAAAAGAUUUGAGGUAUCUAAGUUUUAAAUAUAUGAAUAUGAGAUAGGAGAGUGGUGUGUCUCACUUUAAUUGAAGUUAUGGAAUUGUCGCUGCAAACUCACGCGCACAUUACAAAUAUUUAGGUGGAGUAACAUCAAUGGAGCCAUUCCUAAGCAAAUUCUUCCCAAAAGUGUAUGUUAAGAUGAAGGAAGACACGAAAGUUAGCAACUACUGCAAAUUUAACAGUCAAUUGUUGACUUCAUUUACAUCAUCUCUUUAUGUUGCUGGCCUUGUUGCUUCCAUCUUUGCCUCACCCAUCACCAAAGCGUACGGCCGCAAGCCAUCCAUUAUAAUUGCAGGUUUAGCAUUUUUGGCUGGAUCAGCCUUUGGUGGUGCUGCCCUCAAUAUCUACAUGCUUAUACUCGGCCGCCUUUUGCUUGGUGUUGGAGUUGGCUUCGCUAAUCAGUCUGUACCACUAUAUCUAUCAGAAAUGGCACCACCAAAGUACAGAGGAGCAUUCAACAACAGCUUCCAACUCAGUGUUGGCAUUGGCUUCCUAACUGCAACCUUAACGAAUGUUGCUACUGAAAAAAUCAAAGGCGGAUGGGGCUGGCGGUUGUCGCUCGCAACGGCCGCACUCCCUGCUUCCAUCUUAACUCUAGGAGCACUUCUUCUCCCUGAAACAGCAAACAGUCUAAUCCAAAGAAGCGGCAACAGUAGUACUACUACUAUUUCUAACGAUCUUCUACAUGAAGCAAAGCUCACAUUGCAGAGAGUACGCGGUACAACUGAUGUUGAUGCAGAAUUUAACGACCUUAUAAAUGCGAGCAGCACCAUCUCAAAAACAAACAACAAUUCAUUUUACCAAAUCCUACAACGCAAACACCGUCCUCAACUCAUAAUGUCAUUUUUUAUACCAUUUUUUCAACAAGUAACAGGCAUAAAUGUUAUCUCGUUCUAUGCCCCUAUACUUUUUCGCACCAUAGGCUUUGGCGAAAGUGCAUCACUCCUGUCUGCAGUAAUGACUGGCGUUGUAGGAAUAGGGUCAACUUUCAUAUCGAUGCUAGUCGUGGACAAAUUUGGAAGACGAAGUUUGUUCAUUUUCGGAGGAGUACAAAUGUUGAUAUGUCAAAUAGCAGUUGGGAUUGUAAUGGCAACACAACUAGGAGAUCACGGUGGAAUCAAGAAUGUGUAUGCUUAUUUGGUUUUGGUGCUUAUUUGUGUUUAUGUUGCUGGUUUUGGUUUGUCUUGGGGGCCAUUAGGAUGGUUAGUACCAAGUGAAAUUUUCCAGCUAGAGAUAAGAUCAGCUGGCCAAAGUAUUACUGUGGCUGUUAAUUUUGUUUUCACUUUUAUUAUAGCACAGACUUUUCUAGCUAUGCUUUGUUGUUUUAAAGCUGGGAUAUUCUUCUUUUUUGGUGGGUGGGUUUUGGUCAUGACUGGCUUUAUAUAUUUUUUUUUACCAGAGACCAAGAGUAUCCCUCUUGAGAAGAUGGACCAAAUUUGGAGGGAUCAUUGGUUUUGGAGCAAAAUUGUGGGUUGAAAUUAGUUGUGGAGUGUAUAAUUAAAACAGAUGAAAGGCAAUGAUGAUUGCAAUUAGUAUAAUGCUUGAUGUUUUUGGGUAAAGGUUGCUUAAGGAAUCUGUGAAUUAUGAUGAGAAAAUUUUGUCAAAAAUCACAUUUGUAAUUGAACAAUUUUUUUUAAUAAAAAAAACUACCUUCAUGAGUA